UGGUAAAUGGAUAAGGAAAAAGCACUCAACGAUAUUUAUGUCAUGUUAUGAAUAAGAAGUAUACAAGCAGGACUGCUCAUACUGAAGAAUUUGAAAGAGAAGAACGAGUUCAGAGAGAAGUAAUAAAGUAAUACAAAAAUUUAAAGAAGUACUUCAAACUCGAGAUCAGUGAUCUUCGGUUGAGACCUCAGUGCAAGCUUUAUCGCGGUUUUCUACCUUUGGAAAUAACCCUAGAGAGAUAUUGACAGCACAUAGUAUUAGUUUUGACCCCAAUCGUCCAGUAAAGAAAACUGAACUUUCAGCAAAACAGAGGAAUGUGCUUAAAAGUCUUCUCAAUCUUGAUAGGAUUUAUGAAAACAAUAUAAAGCUCCAAAACAAACGAAAAAUGAAGCAUUCGUUCUCACAUUGGAUAUGGAUUUGAACAUGGAGUAAGCAUCAAGAAAUGGUGUCUUUCACAAAGGAAAGAUCUAGCCAGAGCUUGCUGGAUAACCAGGAGAACUUCUCUGAUAUCCUAAACCUUUACAAUGAUAAUGAUUUAGUUAAUUCAGAGAUCAAUGUAUUCAAGAAGUUCCAAUUCUAGAUUAUACUUCAGAGAAGUUUUGUAAGAAAGUCAACCAUGUA